GUUUCUAUAAGAGCCUAUAAGAACCUGACAUAUUUACUGCCUUGUCCACCCCCGACCGACAAUUGUCUCAAAAAAGAAAAGGAAAAAGAAAAAAAAGAGAGGAAGAGAAUAACCCCGCCUCUUCCCCCCACGCGAUCCUUUCAUCAUCAACCCUAGCUCCCUCAGCUCGCCUCGAUCUCUUACAAACCUGAUAUAAUAUAUAGUAUAUAUAUAUAUAGCAUACCCUAUACCAUAUCGGAGCUCAACCUCAUCGCCAAAGAAAAAAAAACAUAUAAUUCUCUGUCAUGUCAGGUUACGGCUACCCUGGAGGAUAUGGUCCGCCGCAACCACAACAGCAAUUCCACGGCAACUAUUUCCAGCCCCCACCCCAACCUUAUAACGGAUAUCCUCCUCAAGGAGCUCCCCCCGCUCCCUCUCCCUACGGCUAUAAUCAACAACCGCACCCUUCUCCUCAACCGUACGGCUACAACCAGGGUCCUCCCCCGCAACAUGGCGGCUACGCCCAAGCACCCCCCAGCCAAUACGGCAGACCUAACGUCCCCACGCCGAACUCGAACUCGUAUCCCCACGGUAGCUUCAGCGCGCCCCCUCCUCCACCUGCCGGCCCGCAACAUUUCGGCCACGGCGCCCCUAACGGCUACGCAUUUCAAUAUAGUAAUUGUACCGGUCGAAGGAAAGCACUGCUUGUCGGAAUAAACUACUUUGGCCAGCGCGGUCAGCUACGAGGAUGUAUCAACGACGUUAGAAAUAUGUCGGCCUACCUCGUCGAGCACUUUGGAUAUAAGCGCGAAGAUAUGGUUAUCCUCACCGAUGAUCAACAGAACCCCAUGAGCCAGCCUACAAAACAAAAUAUUCUACGAGCUAUGCACUGGCUAGUUAAAGAUGCGAGGCCCAAUGACUCGCUCUUUUUUCACUAUUCCGGACACGGCGGUCAAACCAAGGAUCUAGACGGUGACGAGCCCGACGGUUAUGACGAGGUUAUAUAUCCAGUAGAUUUUCGCCACACCGGUCAUAUUACGGAUGACGAGAUGCACCGUAUCAUGGUACGACCUCUGCAGUCAGGAGUUCGACUGACGGCCAUCUUCGACUCGUGUCAUUCCGGUACCGCCCUCGACCUUCCGUACAUCUACUCCACCCAAGGCAUCCUCAAGGAGCCCAACUUGGCCAAGGAGGCCGGCCAGGGUCUUUUGGGUGUUAUUUCUUCGUACAGCCAAGGCGAUCUUGGCGGUGUCGCAAACAACAUUAUGGGCUUUUUCAAGAAGGCCACCAGCGGCGAGGAUGCGCAUCACAGGGCUAUGGCUACCAAAACCUCGGCCGCUGACGUUAUUAUGCUCUCCGGAAGUAAAGAUGACCAAACUUCAGCCGACGCCACUAUUGCUUCGCAAGCCACGGGCGCCAUGUCAUGGGCUUUCAUCACCGCCCUCAAAAAGAACCCGCAGCAAAGCUACGUACAGCUGCUCAAUAGCAUCCGGGAUGAGCUGGCCACCAAGUACUCCCAGAAGCCUCAGUUAUCAUGUAGUCAUCCUCUGAACACCAACCUGCUGUUUGUGAUGUGAUCGAUGUACAUACGCACGAACAGUUUGUCGGUUGUCUCCUACAUAUCCACCAGGCACCUACCUAUCUUACCUAGGAAUAUACCCCACUCCGUAAACAGGGUAUUGCUCGAACCAGUCGAGAUUGACUUUCUUGUAUACGAAUUUCUGACGGGCAAUAAACUUUUUUACAAUCACUUACGAAUUGCGUUGCCUU